CAACUACAUGUACUUACUUUCCAACAUGGCUACCGACAGAACGUAGAAUUUUGUUUUGGGGGUUAACAUUGCGGAUUAUUGUGACAUUUGGACCACAUGCAAGUUAUUUGGUUCACAAAAAACCACCACUGUACCGUUAUUACUAUUCUGUCUCGCAGAUUAAUUUGUUUUUAACGAGUAACUGGGAGAUGUAUCGUCGCGGGGCGGCAAAGAAAGACCACAACAACAAACCGGUGAAGAAGGACGUGAGUGACAGUGAUAAAUACGCCGACCUCUUGGUAUUCGGCUAUGCCUGCAAACUGUUCCGAGACGACGAAAGGGCUCUUUACCACGAGCAUGGAAAGCAUCUUAUCCCAUGGAUGGGGGACAAGAACAUCAUGAUUGAUAGAUACGAUGGGCGUGGUCACUUACAUGACCUCUCAGAGUAUGACAGCGGGUCAUGGAACACGUCCUACCAGCUGUCGGAAGAAGAGGCCAGAAUUGAGGCACUGUGUGAUGAGGAGAGAUACCUGGCCCUGCACACUGACCUGCUGGAAGAAGAGGCGAGACAAGAGGAGGAGUACAAACGUCUGAGUGAAGCUCUGGCGGAUGAAGGCACCUACAAUGCAGUGGCCUUCAAAUACAGCGCUGACUACUAUGACCCUUCCCAACCCACAGAGGAGGAGGACGCUAACAGGGAAACUGAAGAGGCAGAGCCUGAGGAGAGCGAGGAGCCCUUUGUUGCUCCCCCAGGGCUGGCUAUCCCCCCUGACGUGGAACUGCCGGCAACCAUCAAGACCCAUAACAUCAUUGAGAGGACAGCCAACUUUGUAUGUCAGCAGGGGGCUCAGUUUGAAAUAGUGCUGAAAGCAAAGCAGGCCGGCAACUCCCAGUUUGACUUUCUUCGUUUUGACCAUUACCUGAACCCUUAUUACAAACACAUCCUGCGGGCCAUGAAGGAAGGUCGAUACAACCUUGUCUCUGCCAGCAAGCAAGAGCAGUCGCAGGAAUCCCAUUCUGAUGAUUCAGAUGAGGAUGGGGAUGGCAGUUACCUCCAUCCCAGUCUGUUUGCCCCUAAAAGGAGCUCUCGCCUGGAGGAGCUGAUGAAGCCGCUACAAGUAAUGGACCCAGACCACCCACUGGCAGCACUCGUACGGAAAGCCAAACAGGAAAGAAAUGGCACUACAACAAUGGCCACCAAACCAGAGGAAGUGGCAGACCCAGCGGCAUCCAGCACACCAGCGCAGUACACUACUGAUCCGAAUGCAGCAGCAAUGUACUACGGCUACUACAUGCUUCCUGAUGGAACAUUCUGCUUAGCCCCACCUCCCCCAGGGAUAGACGCCAGCUCCUACUACAACAAUAUACCUUCGGCUGUCAUGGCUCCCCCUACUUCUUCUGCGGCUUUGCCUCAUGUUGGUACUACAUCCACCCCUCCUGAAACCAUUGCCAUGGUACCACCAGCUGCAGCCCCCUCUCAGGUCACCAGCUCCAUUGCUCCUGCCACCAUACCAGAAACCAGUCAGAAAGCUGAAGCUCAAGUUUCCGCACCAGCAGUGGCAGCCAUCAUUCCCCCACCACCAGACAUCCAACCAGUCAUAGACAAGCUGGCCGAGUACGUUGCUAGGAAUGGUGUUAAGUUUGAGGCCAGCGUCCGUGCCAAGAAUGAUCCACGGUUUGACUUUCUGCAGUCUUGGCAUCAGUACAACACCUAUUACGAGUUUAAGAAGAAUUACUUCAUGCAGAAAGAAGGAAAAGGCUUGCCAGAGACUGAGACAGUAGAUGAUGGUGAUGAGCUUCAAUCAGACAAGUCAGCCAAGGAUUCCAAGCUGACUAAAGCCUCUUUUGCCCCCAUCUGUUUUGCCAUCAAGGCAAAAGAAAAUGACAUGUUGCCGCUGGAGAAGAACAGGGUUCGAUUGGACGAUGACUCUGACGAGGACAAGUUGCUGGAGGGUGAGGGGCUGGAAGCUGUGAUUGGUGGAGCUGAAAUGGUCGACAAGGAGCCUCCACCAGUCAGUGCACCAGAAGAGAAGAGACCGACUCUCAGUUUGGAGGAGUUGGAGGCGAAACAAGCCAAGCAGAAACUGGAGGAUCGUCUAGCAGCUGCAGCCAGGGAGAAGCUGGCUCAGGCAUCUAAGGAGUCCAAGGAGAAACAGUUACAGGCGGAGAGGAAGAGGAAGGCAGCGCUCUUUCUACAGACCCUCCGCAGCCCCUUUCCCGGGGAGCCUGAGGCCAAGAGAGCUGAAGUAGACGCAUCUGCACAGCUUGAGAUGCAAGAAGCCCUUUCUGUUCUGUCCGACCUUCCACCUCCUCAAGUGUCCUCUGCACCCACUGCAUAUCCUCAGGACCAAAGGCCCCCCGCGGAGAACCAAGGGGUCUACCGCAGCAGGGAGGCCCCAUCCUCAUCCUCCUACACUUCCUCCAGAGGAGCAGACAGAGACCGAGACCGAGACCGAGACCGAGAUAGAGACAGAGACAGAGACAGAGACAGGGAGAAAGACAGAGACAGGAACAAAGGGAGGGACAAAGAGAAAAAGAAGAAAAAACACAAGAGGAGGUCAAGAUCAAGAUCAAGGUCGAAGAGCAGACACUCCCUUCCCAGUGCCUACAGGAGAGCCCGCAGGUCCCGAUCCCGUUCACACUCCCCGGGAAGAAGGGACAGGAGCGGUCCCUCAUCAGAAAGGAGACGUGAUGAGAGAGAGUGGGAGCGCUAUCAUCCCAGCAGCAGCUCCAGCCUGCCCAGAGGGCAUUCCAGAUCCAGGUCCCCUUCUGAAAAAAGGAAGAGCUCCUUGUCAUCCUCAGGACAGAUGCAAAUUGCAGGUUCCUCUCUCUCCCCUUAUUCCUCACCGGGCAGAGCUUUGUCCCCAUCAGCUAGCCCUGCCUCCAGCCUGGCUCACUCCAGGGGUGGUUCUCAGGAGAAAGACAAGGCAGUGUCCUCAUCCAUAGUAUCCUCUGUUCAGUCCAAAAUAACUCAGGAUCUGAUGGCCAAAGUGCGAGCCAUGCUUGCCACCUCCAAGAACUUCCAUCCUCCCAAUUCCUAAAGAAAGCGUGGCUCUUUACCCGCUACGACAACCUCGGCCAAUCAGCAAACGGCGUUCUCCAAUUUCCCGGAGAUUUAUUCGGCCUGGAUCUGUUUUGACUACCUGUGUUUAUCCCUGAUUUAUCAUUUCAUCUUGAUUUGAGCAUCAGCAGAUUCAGUUUGGUUCCAUUAUCUCUUCUGCAGUAAUGUGAGAGUGAAGUAAAGGCACUCGCUUAAGUUGAAAUAUCCAGUUUCACACUUGACCUGAUAAAAAUGGCUCAUCAGCUGGGAGAUCAUGUCAGCAGUUGACAUGUUUUGAUGCAGGGAAUGUCAAAUAGUGGAAAUAAUCCAUAUGUUAUUUAACAUCCUGUUUGGAAACACUCCACUUUUCUCCCACGUGAUGACAGCUAUUCUCUGCAGCAUUACCUAACUCUGCUGGAGGUCUGUAUUCUCUCCUUCUAUGAAGGGUUGUGUUGUUUUGAUCAUUUCAUUUCUGUCCUCUCUCAUCUACCAUUCUGUGCUGUUGUUUUCCCUCCGUUUUUUUUCCUCCCCCAGCUGUCUUUUCUCUCCAGCACCUCACCCAUCUACAUGAGAAGCUGUUUUAAUUUUUUACUCUUGUCCCUCAGCUCUAGUGCGUGGCCUUCUAUUUCUGUUCCUCGUUUGUACUGUAAUGAAUUUAAUGCAGAAUUACUUUCUAAUCCAGACUGUCAAUAAAGUUUCAAUUAUGAUUUA